GCAAUGUCCGCCGGUAACCGGCCCAGUCGGGGCUCAUCCUUUGCGAGAAUCACAUCGAAGCUAGUGCAAGAUCAACAACGUUACUACGUCAGCAUCGUCGUCAUCAGGAGGGUCCAUUUCAGUCGAAGGUCAUAAACGAGGAUCGACCUCGUGCCAAAAAUCUAAAUAAUUCUCAGUGAAAGAAGAAAAGGAGGAAGCUAAGUAACGUGAAACGAAUAAAGGAAUAUAGGAAAGAAAGAAAGAAAAAACGAAGGAAGGAAGGAAGGAAGAAAGGCGGAACCACCUUCUGAAUCGUCGUUCUGUGAAUACGAGAGAGGGGAGGAAGGGUGAUAUCGUUGGUAGGGUGUUGAGCAGGUAUCUCGAAGGUAACUGACCCUGUGCAACAGUGGCAAUUCUUCCGAUCCUAUCGUGAAGCUUCAAACGUGAAGAGAUCACUUCAAGACUACUACUUGUUUCACGAAGAGAUAGAAAACAAAACAAAAAAAAAAAAAAAAAAAAAAAAUAACAUUUAUCAAAGUUCCUUCUGCGAUUAAAUCAAGAACAAUCGGUUGUGUAAAAAUUUCUUUCUCUCUUUUCGGAGAGGACAAAGUUCUCUUCUUUCGUAAUAAGAAUCCCAUAAAGGAGGGAAACAAGACUCGUUGAUUUCUCGAAACGUUCGAAUAUCUACCGAGUACCACGAUCGUGUUAAUAGGCAACGAGAAGGCCGGCAGGCUGUUGGGACGUCUGGUAGGCGCUCGCGAUUGCUCGUUCCGCAGGGAUUUAUCUCAACACUCCCAAAACGGCAACCCGUCGUUGUCGUGGUGCUGCCGGGGCCCCGCCGUUAGCCGCGAGAGAUCGCGAGAAGGGAGCACGGCAGAAUCGAUCGAAGGAUCGACGAGCGGAUCGGUUGCCUCCUCCGCAAACGUUACCACCGCUUCCUACGCCGCUUCUUGUUGGCGGCCAAGUGAGAUGGAGGAGAAGUCCUCGGCGCGCUUCUCGGAGUACCUGUUCGCCAAGAUGGACGGGCAGGACGUCUCGGCCUCUCAGGGUCCCCGCAAGGUGACCGCCGACACUAGGAAGUGGAUGCGGGAAAAUCUCUUGCUUAUGAUCACUCUGUCCGGUGUACUUCUUGGUGUGAUCCUUGGAUUUGGUUUGCGACCAUUGGGCCUUGGCGAUGACGCUGUAAUGCUGAUUAGCUAUCCUGGAGAACUUUUUAUGCGAAUACUGAAAUUAAUGAUUCUACCUUUGGUAAUUGCUAGUCUCAUAUCAGGUUCAGCAAGUUUGAAUGCUAGGAUGAAUGGGAUGAUAGCCGUACGAACUCUCGUCUAUUUCAUACUCACAUCCUUUCUCAAUGCCGUAAUAGGAGUUAUCCUUGUUCUCGUUAUUCACCCUGGAAAUCCAGGAAUCAGAGAAUCGAUUAUACCACCGACUCAUGCCAGAGCCGUCAACAUCUUGGACAGCCUUCUGGAUUUAGGAAGGAAUAUGUUUCCUGACAAUCUCUUUCAAGCUGCGUUUCAACAGGCACAUACAGUUUACGUACCGAGAAAGCCACCGAUACAAAAUCAAACCGAUGGUUUAUCGGUAGAAGUGGUCGGUGAAGAAGACCUGAUCAGAGUGAUCCAAUAUAGAAGUGGUACCAACACUUUAGGCAUCGUCUUCUUUUGUCUAGUCUUCGGUACUUUCCUAGGUACCCUCGGUGAGAAGGGUCAGGUUGUGAUAGAUUUCUUCAAGGCUGUUUUCGAGGUCAUUAUGCGAAUGGUCUCCACUGUGAUGUGGAUGACACCAAUAGGUAUAACUUCGGUAAUAGCCGGAAAAGUCCUCGGUGUGAAUGAUCUGGCGCUGGUAAUGUCGCAGCUAGCUUGGUUCAUCGUCACGAUCGUGAUCGGUGUCUUUUUCUAUCAGCUGGUGGUGAUGCAGCUGAUCUACCUGGCCUUCGUGAGAAAGAACCCCUUUAGAUUCUACGCCGGCCUCGCCCAGGGUACACUCACCGCCUUCGCCAUGGCAUCAACGGCUGCUGCACUCCCCGUUACUUUUCGACUGAUGACCGAGAAGCUCAGGGUCGAUCCCAGAGUCACCAGAUUCGUCCUCCCGAUUGGGUGCAACAUCAAUAUGGACGGUACCGCGCUCUUCGUCGCGGUGGCAAGUAUCUUCAUCGCACAGAUGAACGGGAUCAUUUUGGGUUUCGGAGAAAUCAUCACGGUUAUUUUAACAUCCACAGCAGCAUCCGUUUCUUCAGCUUCGGUUCCAAGUGCAGCUCUAGUAUUAUUACUAGUUGUUUUGAGUGCCAUUGACGCACCCGUUCAUGAUGUUUCUCUUCUCUUUGCUAUUGACUGGUUUGUAGAUCGUAUAAGGACGACCAAUAAUAUGUUAGGAGACUGUUAUGCAGCUGCUGUAGUAGAGCAAUUGUCCAAAAAAGAACUGAUGGCAUUGGACGCAGCAGCUUAUCAGUCUGAAACAGUACUGCCCACAACCUUAGCCAAUGGAUGCAUCUCGGCUAACAGGGUACCCGAUCCUGAUACUAUCGUCGUUGAAAUGCAAGACGACACGAGGAUAGCCGGCAUCGCCAAGUAAACUAACUUGUUGCAUCAGCGUACUACCAAUACCGCGAAGCGUAACGGAGGAGACCGUUUGACUAAUGGCCGAUCUCGCAAGACAAUUUAAAACGGUAUACCUACGAGGUAUGCCGAUGAAAUGAGAAAAGAAAACGAUGGCGAGGUUAAUAUUAGGCACGCCAGUGCCUUUUCUCUUCUUUCUUAUCUAUUUUAUUUUACUUAAACGACGUUAUCAACUUCUCAAUCCCAAAAAUGUCGAUAGAGACACUCUGCUAGGACACUCGAUGACUUUGAAACGUCACGGAAUUUAGAUAUCUCCAUUUUCGAGAGUUAAGUGAGCAAAGUUUGAGACUGAGAUUCGAUCGAUCACAGAAGGAGAAUAAAGGCGGGACGAUUAAAAAGAAAAAAGAAAAAAAAAAAAAACAGAAAAACUGAGAAAAACGAAAAAGAAAAGGAGUCAAUAUCGUAUUGGAACGCGUAUGCGUUUGCGAUACAAGAGUAGCAAUAAAAAGUUUGAGAUACGUAAGUUUACAGAAAAAUGCGCUUCUAGCUAGGAGCACCGAGGUGCAGAAGUUCGAUGAUUCGCGCGUAGAAAAAUCUCGCUCGUAUGCUACGAAGGUGUUGUUUUCUUUUGUCUAUUCCUUUUUUUUUCUUUUUUUUUUUGGUUUCUUUGUUUCUCUGUUUCUUUGUUAGGUUUUUUUUUUUUUUUUUCUUUUUUUUAACGAAACGUUAGUCAAAACGAUAAAGACGAUCGACAAUUUUGCUCGUAAAUCGCGCGAGAAUAUUCUUGUCGAUCUCGUGAAUAUUAGUAGUCUCAUUUGACAAGUGAUCAUUCGCAUCGUCGAAUGGUGGUGCCUUAAUUUCGAUGCGCCCUCGGAUUAGGUGCGAUGAAAGUAAAGCGCGUCGUUGAUGUAUUCUUUUUCUUCGUACGUCAUCCAUAUAUUAAUUCCUUGAAAUGUUAUCUGCAAUAUUCGUGUAUCAUCGAAUGCGAUGAUAUACGAUGAUGCGAAGCAGUAUUUUGUAUUAUUCAUCGACGUAUGAUAGAUCGAUUUUAGUCAAUGACGCGAGCGAAAUCGUAUCAGUGAUAAAAAUUUCAUCGCGAGUUCGACGAAAGUGAGACCGAAAGUGUUGUAGUGAGAAUGAUAUAAGAUUUAAAUAUUUAACGAGUAGCGUUUUCUGCGUGUUAAACGUUAGCAUCAUCGAACCCUUAAAAUCAUUUAUACGCAUAACACAUAUGUACUUCGCUCCUUAUGAGAAAAUAAUGAUUAAUGCACCGUAUUAGGGGUUGUAAGUAGAUAUCUUAAGAUAUUAAAGUUCGUUGUAAUAACAUAUCCGCGAUGCUAGUCGUGUAACAUAAAAGGUGCUAUGAGAUGUUAAGCACGACGUUCUUUCUCACGAAGAGAUUAGUGAGCUUUUUUCUGUAGUAUUCGCGUCAUUGGCUAUGAAUCGAUGUCUGUAUAGAAAAAAAAGCAAACCAAAAAAAAAAAAAAAAGAAAAGAAGAAGAAAAAAGAAGACAGUAAGGGACAUGAUAAUCAAAAAGAAGAUAAAAAGACAGACGUUGAUUGAUUUUUUACGAUUCUCGUCGAUCGAUCGAUCGAUAUACGACGAGAGAAAAAAAAAAGGAUAAAAUACUGAUGCAGGUAUAAAACGUCAUAUCGCGCGUUUCGCGUUAAUUGUUGUCAAAUUAACGAGAGUAUCAUACAACGUGUUCUCUAUCAUUUUCGAGACCCUUUACAGUCCUCGAUUACUUCGGGGUAACUUGCGAGUAUUGAUCUUGGAAUAAAAAGAGGGAAAAAUAA